AUGCCGCCCCGAAUACUUCUAAGAGGGCUCAGGACUCUAUCGUCGCCAUCGGCAGCCUGGGUCCGUCUGCGGCCUCAGCAGAGGUUUGCCUCGAGCUCCGCAAAUACACCGGAGGUUUACGACGUCGUCUGCGUAGGCGGUGGACCAGCAGGUCUGAGUCUCCUGACCGGUCUGAAAGCAUCGCCAGUCACAAACGGGCUGAAAGUUGCACUCAUCGAGGGACAAGAUCUACACAAGAAUCGAUUAUCACAAGAUGCUAGUUUGGAGAGCUUUUCCAAUAGAUGCAGCUCCCUCACCCCGGCCUCCGUGAAGAAUUUACAGGAAAUCGGAGCAUGGGCGCAUGUCAACACACCCCGGGUGCAGCCAUACCAAGAGAUGCAAGUAUGGGACGGCGUCACUGAUGCACGGAUAUCGUUCGAUUGGCACACGGCGAAACCUCUCCUUACUCCUCGUAACCCAGCGCAGCCCACAACGAUCGCCUACAUGAUCGAGAACGUCAAUACGGUUACCGCUUUGUUGAGCCGGCUCGAACAGUUGGGCGGUGUCGACUUUUACACAUCCACAAAGGUCAACUCGAUAGAUCUAGGUACAGAUACAGAGAAGAUGGACUUCUCAUCGUGGCCAAUGCUCACGCUAUCCAAUGGAAAGACAUUAGCAGCUAGGCUGUUAGUCGGAGCCGAUGGUGCGAAUAGCCUAGUGCGGACUUUUGCAGACAUUGAGUCGCGAGGCUUCGAUUAUGGUAGACAUGGUUUGGUGGCUAGUCUGAAGCUCGAGGGGCAAGGCUGGGGCGGUCCAGAUCACAAGAUCGCAUACCAACGGUUCUUGCCAACCGGUCCAAUAGCUAUGCUGCCCCUUCCAGGAAACAUGUCGACACUCGUCUGGAGUACCACGCCGGAGCGUGCCGCGAAGCUCAAGACGUUGUCACAAGAGGAUUUCGUUGCAAUGAUCAAUGCGGGUUUCCGACUGUCACCCACAGACUUAGAGUAUCUACACACACUCUCAUCUGGACAGGCAGAAGAAGUUGCAUGGCGAGAGAAACACACGCCUGUCGACGAACAUGCGAUACCAAUGCGAGUAGCACACGUACAAGACGGUACAGUCGCGUCCUUCCCACUUCGCAUGCGACACGCGGAUACAUACACUGGUGAACGAGUUGCGCUGGUUGGCGAUGCGGCGCACACCAUACAUCCGCUCGCAGGCCAAGGUUUAAACCAAGGCCAGGGCGAUGCUGCAGCGCUCGUUCGAACGAUAUCACAUGCAGUGCAAACUGGCCAAGACAUCGGAUCGACUUUGGCACUUGCUCCUACGACAAGUGAGCUUACAUAUCUCACUAAUCGACCAUGGCAGACCACACGAGUGAGAUCGAGACUUAUGGCAGCAACGAUGACUUCUGGAUCUUUGGAUACGGAUCAACGGGUUCCAGGAUUUAUCGAAGGAUAUGUGAGGAGGUUCUGGCAGGCGAGUGAAGAUCACCGGGGAACGCCCGAGGCUCCAGGACGUGUUGUCACUUUGAUCGAUAAAGCGCAUUGGGAGACUCUGACAGACACUGUAAGUAAUCGUCUUACCUCUCCCGUAUCCACCCUAUUCACCAUAUACGAACGCACUCAAGAUGCCUCCUACCAGAAAUCUAAUAGCAAAAUCCAGCAUGAGUCCACGGGGCGCGUGUGGGGCGCUGCAUACCAUAUUCCCGCCUCUCAUGUAAAAGAGGUGCGCGAGUACCUCGACAUCCGCGAGAUAAACGGGUAUUCCAUUCAGUUCACGCCAUUUCAUCCUGCUAUUAGUACAGCCGAAGUCACGUCCCCACCUCACGACUCGGAGCCGAGUGAAGCCGAAAGAGGCAUGUGGGCGGGCAUCCGAGCUACCAACACAGUGAGCGUGACUGAGGAGGCGGGAAGCAUCAAGUGCCUGGUGUACAUUGGGUUACCAGAGAAUCCGCAAUUCUUGGGCGCGCAGGAUCCUGAUGCUUUAGCGAGAAAGAUACUGGAAAGCAAAGGACCAAGUGGCGAGAACAAGGAGUACCUUUACAACCUGGAGAUUGCGUUGCUUGGAUUAAGCCACAACAGUGGAGACGCUCACGUGAGCGAUUUGGUACGACGGUGCAAACAAUUGGAGCAGGAAGCUGGAGUCGGAAAAGAGGAAGGCAACAGUAGCACUCAAGGGUUGUACAGGGUAGGAAGCACGGAGGAACAAGAGGAGGUUGAAAAGUAG